AUGACGGAUACUUUAAGGCUACCGGAUUUAGAAACAGAUGAAACCCUUGUCAAAGAUGAACCCGCCACUCAGUCUCACGAGAACAAUGGUACUAAAAGCGCAAGCGAUUCAAAAGUUAUACCCAACGACAUCGUUGGCGUGACCAAAGCAUUUUCCGAAGCUACACUCGAGACACCAGUCAUAGAAAAGACACUCAAAGAAAUCUGGAACGAAAUAAUGCAUAAUCCGGUUCCUAAGCUGGCUCGCUAUCGCUCGCUGGAUAUCACCCCUGAUACUUCCUGGUUCGAAAGUACCUUGAGCAAAGUCAAGAGUAUUCUCGAAAAGACUGCAUACAGAGGGCAGUCGAAAGUUGGUGAUGAAGACUUGGCCAUCGAGCGCCGAAAUGAUAUACUCGCAACAAUCAUAGAAGCAGCGUUAGAGCUGGGUUCAUAUAUACUUGAUUCCCCUGAAAUUUCCGAAAAGCUUGCAGCACAGCAUGAUGUCCAAAAUCAAGAUCACCACAAGGCGACCUCCUCAGUUGGAACUGCUACCAACGAUCUCACAGAAGAGAACAUCAUUUCUGCAUCGACGCUAUGUGAGAAUUGUUCUGAUGCAGUAGCUUCUUGUCAACAAGUCAAAGUUCUGGAAGAACCUACCCAGGACUCACGCGAACAAUCAAUUUGGUUUGAAUAUCAUUCAAAUAAAUUGCAAAGCUUGCACUACACCAUCGAUUUGUACGAGCGGGUCCAUAGCUUUCAUUUGGGGAAGUAUGAAGUAAAAUCGGGGGAAAAGACAGUAGCUCGUUUAUAUGUACCAAUUAAAUCACCACCGCCAACACGACGAACAGUGAAUUUUGAUGCUUCGAAAGCUCAAAUGAUCAACGCCGUCAGCGGUUGGCAGUGUAAGCAAUCCGAAACGGAAAGUUCAAAUGCAUUCAUCUCGAACAAAGAAUGGACCGAAAAAGUCAAGGAAAUGUGUCAAACUAUAGGUUACGAGUUACGAAGAAGUCAAAACGACCGAGGAAACCCGGGUAAUUACAACGCAUGUCAUGCCGAGAAACAGAUUAUAGCCUAUUGGAUCCACAACUAUGUUGCGAAGCUACCAUCUGGCUACAGGUGUACGAAUUGGGCCAAGAGAGACGAUUCACCUCCUAUAAAGUCAGAAUAUUACAAAGAUCUUUAUAUCGUCGUCAGUAGCUCUCUCUGCGAUUGCUGCAACCGUUUCUUGAAUCACGUGGCAGCGUAUUACUCAAUUUCCUUUACGGUACAUUGUCCAGGCCAAGUGAUUAAAUUUCCGGACCCACGACAAGUCACAAGAGUUGCAACGGGAUGA